UUUAUUUGUUAUAAGUGACAGGUAUAGAUAGCUACUGUACCUUAUAUUAUAGAGACAACUGGGACCAGGUGAUUCUCAGGAGCAUCAGUAAAAAUGCUACAAAAACGUGAACACUGCCUACUUGCUUUAAUAAUGGCUGGGGGGACGGUUCUCUGCUGGCUUGUCUUCUUAUGCUGUUCAUCUGACCAUCCAUCUGUCUCUGUCAAAUUACAGAGCAAGCAAGCCAAGCUUAUGGAACCAGUUGAGGGUCCCAGUGAGUAUGAUGAGGGGUUAACAUGGCGCCAGGUGCAUCACCAGGUUGUGGUGAAUCACAGAUUACAGAGCAAGCAAGCCAAGCUUAUGGAACCAGUGAGGAAUGACGUUCUGACUAUAACCCCAUGGCUGGCUCCUAUAGUCUGGGAGGGAACCUUCGACCCCCAGGUCAUAGAUGAGGCCUUCAGGUCCCUCAACCUCACCAUCGCUACCACUGUAUUUGCUGUAGGGAAAUACACUCGUUUUCUCCGUGACUUCUUAGAGUCAGCUGAGAAGCACUUCAUGGUGGGGCUGGAGGUACACUAUUACGUGUUCACCGACCUGCCCGGUGAUGUGCCUGGCAACGUGACUCUUGGUGUCGGCAGACUGCUCAGCAUCGUGAGCGUGCCGAAGUUCGACCGCUGGCAGGAGAUAUCCCUCCGCCGCAUGGAGAUCAUCCAGACUGCCAUUGAGGUUCACAUCCACCGGGAGGCGCACUACAUCUUCUGCCUUGAUGUAGACAUGAAGUUCCAAGGCCGUGUGGGGCCAGAGGCUCUGGGGAGACUGGUGGCCGCCAUCCACCCCUGGUUCUACUGGUACCCCCGGAACCAGUACCCCUACGAGCGGCGGAACGUCUCCACAGCCUAUGUACCCCUGGACCAGGGAGACUUCUACUACCAGGCCAACAUAUUCGGAGGAGCACUGGAGGAUGUUCACAGGCUGACCAAGACGUGCAGGGAGCACCUGGAGGUGGAUAAGUCUGUGGGUGUGGAGGCUGUGUGGCAGGAGGAGAGUCAUCUGAACUGGUACCUGGUGAAGAAUAAGCCCACCAAGCUGCUGUCACCUGAAUAUGUGUGGGACGACGCUCGAGGACGGGACGCCAAGGAGAUAAAACUGGUCCGCUUCUCCUCUGUCAUCAAGAACAAGGCAGAGGUCAGAGAGAACCCGUGAGAGGAGAAGAGAAUGGUGCUGGAAUGGAUAGCAGUCGUUUUACGGCCUCCUGACCAAUUCUGCUAUUUUGUGUGUUUUUUAAACUCUGAUCUUAAUCUUUACAUAAUGUUUCUGCAAUUAUUUCCUCUGACCGAAAAGAGCUUCUGGACAUCAGAACAGCGAUCACUAACUUUGAUUUGGAUGAAGACUUCUCCUUCAACGAGUCUGAGCACAGGACAUACUGCUCACCAGUGACGUGUAUUCAUGGAUGCCAAGGGAAGCAAGGCUUCCCAAAAAAAAUUAAAAAGAAAAAAAGAAAAAACUAAUUUGCAAGAGGU